CUGUAUUUUAAAACAUGGCUGCGCCCAUGCGAAUGUCAUGUUGUUGAUUGCUCUUAUCUAGGUGCGUGUAUUUAUACUAUUACAAACACUUUGAACAAUAAUAUUAUUAAUAAUAUUACCGACCUUUCUACAUGCACCGGAUUUAUAAGAGAUUCUAUCAAUCAUGGUCCAUCUGUCGUCUUUACUUUUGAAAAAAUACCACGGUGGGCAUGUGGUCAUCAGACUGGCGCUAGGGGGCGCCACUAACAGACCCUUCUACCGCAUCGUGGCCGCCUAUAAUAAACGGGCGAGAGACAGUAAAUAUAUCGAGCAGCUGGGAUCAUACGACCCUCUGCCCAACAUAUACAAUGAAAAACUUGUUGCCUUCAAUUAUGACAGAAUCAAGUACUGGAUUGGCUGCGGCGCUCAUCCCACUAAACCUGUUGCCAAACUUCUAGGAUUGGCUGGAUUUUUCCCAUUACACCCAAUGACAGUGACUGAAGCAGAGCGGAGACGAAAAGCAGCUUUGACAGAAGAAAUUAAAACUGACAGUCAAGAUCAAGAGGACUAGUAGGCAGAGCUAUGAACCCAAACCCAAAGGAGUUGCACUGUAAAUGCAAAAUAAAGUGUUUAUGAUUUCUCAGUAGUUGUGAUGUGACAUUGUACUUAUGUAACAGUGAGCUUUUGUUUCACAUACACUGAUCAGCCACAACAUUAAAACCACCUGACUAAUAUUGUGUCGCUCACUGGAUGUUUUUUGUAAAUUCUAGAGACUGUUGUGCGUGAAAAUCCCAGGAGUUCAGCAGUUACAGAAAUACUCAAACCAGCCCAUCUGGCCAUGGUCCAAAUCACUGAGAUCGCAUUUUUUCCCCAUUCUGAUGGUUGAUGUGAACAUUAACUGAAGCUUCUGACCUGUAUCUGCAUGAUUUUAUCCACUGCACUGCUGCCACAUGAUUGGCUGAUUAGAUAAUUGCAUGCAUGAUUGUUGGUGCCAGACAGGCUGGUUUGAGUAUUUCUGUAACUGCUGAUCUCCUGGGAUUUUCACACACAACAGUCUCUAGAAUUUACUCAGAAUGGUGCCAAAACCAAAAAACAUCCAGUGAGCGGCAGUUCUGUGGAUGGAAACGUCUUGUUGAUGAGAGAGGUCAACAGAGAAUGGCCAGACUGGUUUGAACUGACAAAGUCUACGGUAACUCAGAUAACCACUCUGUACAAUUGUGAUGAGAAGAAUAUAAUCUCUGAAUGCUAUUCUGAGAUGCGGGUUGAUGCUGUUUUGGUGGCACGAGGGGGACCUAUACAAUAUUAGGCAGGUGGUUUUAAUGUUGUGGCUGAUCAGAGUAUGUUUUGUACUAUUGUAAAAAUGUUUAGUAGUAAACUUUAGAUCAGGUUAAAUCAGCCUCAGACAUUCAGAUAUUGUUUGAUAAAAGGAUGGGAUUGAUUAAUUUAAUAUUAGGGUUAACCGUUUAGACCCUAUUAAUGUUUACAUAUGAUUGUGUAACUCUUGUGGCAAGCAGCUUAACUGAUGUAUGGUAGU